AUUUUGUUGCCUGCCUUUUCGGUAGGACUGACUGUACGAAACUUGGCUGUUGGUGGAUAAUCGAAGGCAUCCCUCCGUCAGAGACCAACAAGCUCCCCGGCAAACAAGAGCUCACUGAAAUUUUGCCAAUUUUAAACGUUUCCACCGGGUUUACAUUGAUAAAAAGAGGGCAGAACGACGCCAAGUAAAGAAAACUGAACGUCCCUUGAGAUUUGUGAAGGAUCUGAAACGCAGGAUUUGACGAGGGAAUUUUUUACUCUGGAACCAACCGCAUUUCCCAAACGCCGAAAUUUUGAGAAAAAGAGCCGUUGGGGAAGGAAUCAGUGGUCGCUAGCGGGGGAACUUAUCGAGUGACGUUUCCGUUCUACGGGAUGGAGGUCAACAAGAAAGCACUCGUCCCCACCACGGAGAAAGUGUGCCAAAGGGACCGCUUUCCAGAGAACGGAACACUUCCUCCUCGCUCCCUCCAACCACACCCAACACCACGUGACAAUAACCACGUGACAACCGACAACAGGCCACCAAAGGCUAAGAAAUCCCCUCAACUUGGCAGGCGGGGGAAGAAGCGUGGUCAUCGCGUCGAGGGGAAAAUCUUCCCAUGCAAAACCUGCCUCCGUCCCUUCGCCAACAGAACCUCUGCUCACCUCCAUGCCCGCACCCACCUCAACUCCGACGAGCUGGAGCGGUCCUCAGUUUUCCAUGAGAAGUGCCCCCACUGCGAAAAAGUGUUCUUGACUCGUCAUCAAUUUACCGACCACGUGAAUUCCCACGAAGGUCGGAAGAACCACGCCUGCCCCGUUUGCAAGCAGAAGUUCACCCAGAAAACAAGUUUAACCCGGCAUCUCUUCGUCCAUCUGAGUCUCGAGGAGCGCGCGGAGGUGCGGCAGGGCUGGCAACACGGCUGCUACUUCUGCACCAAACGAUUCCCAGCUCCAUCUCAUCUCGGUUGUCAUGUGGCGACCCACACGAAGGAAAAAGCGGGCGGAAAGUGUCACACUUGUGGAAAAACGUUCUCCUCCAAACAAGACCUGGCCAGGCAUCGGUUCGCCCACCUCUCCGAGGACGAGAAGGUCACCCUCGUGAAGCAGGGUUCGGGUCGAGAAUGUCUAUUCUGUCAGAAGAAAUUCCCCGAUAACCACACUUAUCAUAAGCACCUGGUCUCCCACACGAAAGAAAAACCUUUUCCAUGCGACCAGUGUGAGAAGCAGUUUAGUUUGAAAAGUAACUUAACCAUGCACAAGCGCAGUCACACUUCGAACCCGAAAAUGGUCAAGUGUGAUGAGUGUGGUCAAGCCUUCAGUCGAAAACAAGGUCUGACCAGACACAAGACGACGGUUCACCGGAAGCUGAAGGACUUCGCGUGUCCCGAGUGCGGCAAGAAGUUUGGGAGGAAGGAGCACAUGGUGACGCACGUGAGCAAUGUUCACGCCAAAAUCCGGCACCCCUGCCCCCGCUGUGGGAAGACGUUUACGCAGAAAGGCAAUGUAGGGACACAUUUGAAGAAGUUUCAUCCCCCUGAAUAAGGAUUCAUCUGGCAACUGAGCCCUCGCCAAAAGACGACAUGUUUCCAUACUUUAGAUUUUUAUAUGUUCCACAUUUCACGAUUUAUGACGAGAUAAUUAUUUUUGUACGACUGAUAAAAAUGGCAUAAUUAAGUAAACGUGACAUGAUUUUUGUGACCAUUUUGACCAUGACGAUUUUUAUGGAGUAAAGACAUUCUGUUUUUUGUAAAA